AUGCAGAGGGACACAAUGUUCGCCAGACGACACAGUUGCCAGACAGCUCUCAGAGCCGGGCGUUCACUGCUUCCUCAGUAUCAUCCUAUGACCCAGCCGGUUCUUCCAGCUUCACUGCGGACGAUGCAAACAGUGAUCAACCUCCAAGCGAAGGAAAACAAAGAGGAAGCUAUCGAUUUCGAACGUCAAAUACUGAACCCCGAACGAAAUGAAACUUGUAAAUCAGGUACUGACGAUGAAGUUGGCCACCACAAGUGCUCCUAUGAUCCGUCCAAGACCACACCCGAAAGCGAAUAUCUCGCCGAUGAGGAAGAGUCCUUACUCGACGGCAAAGGCCAUCAUCCGCUUUUCGUCAGCCCUGCGAAUGUAGAAGUCAGCCAUUAUAUCGAUCCCAUGUCGGAAGGGGCAGUGCACGGUGCUGCCAGGCUGGGCCCUAGUGCGCAGGGCUGGACUCGGAAACAUAGGGUGGUGCAUAUUAAGGAUGUCCCUGGGAGCCAGUAUGAGCGUUAUGAGAAGCUUUUGAAGGAAUUGAGGAAAGCCAAAACAAAGACUGUUUCUCAUCCUUACUGCUACCUUCAGUAG